UUAUUAUACACCUCCAUGGUCGAAACUGAAAUUCAGUGGAAGAAGGCAGAUAACUCCGUUUUAAUAAAAUCUGGAUGAUCAAGACUACAAAGCUCUUCACGAAAAAGGUUAUCCAAAAUGGCGUCUGCAGAUGUUGCAGCUGGACCGUCUACUUCAAAACCAAGUGCUAAAGAUCGGAUGAACAGAUUACGUGAACUGGAACUUCGCAUGAAUGAGGCUCGUAAAUUAAACCAUGUAGAAGUGGUGGCAGAAGAUGAAAGGAAAAAAAGGCCUGCAAAUUUUGAAGCUAAAAGGAAAAGAACAGAAUGGGAAGAUGAACAAGAAAAAUUAAGAGAGGAUUGUACUAAACGAGGAGAAGAUUUUGAUCGUGUGAAGGUUUUAGAUCAAGGCGCUGAUGAUGUUGAAAGAUGGGAAAAGAAAAAGAAGAAGAAAAAUCCAGACAUCGGCUUUUCAGACUAUGAACAAGCUACACACAGACAAUAUUCUGGACUAGCCAAAAAAUUGAAACCCGAUAUGAAAGAAUAUGGUCGACAGAAAGAAAAAUUAGGAGAAGAUUUUUAUGCAUCAUCUAAUACACUGGGCUUGCAUCAACAAAAAUCUUCAGAUGAUGCCAUUAAUAGAAUGGUAGAUGAUUUAGAAAAACAAAUUGAUAAAAGAACUAAAUACAGUCGCAGACGACAAUUUGAUGAUGAGGCUGAUAUUGAUUACAUUAACGAAAGAAACAUGAAAUUUAACAAAAAACUGGAGAGAUUUUACGGAGAUUACACAUCGGAGAUCAAACAGAAUUUGGAGAGAGGGACGGCUGUUUAGAUUAUCAGUUUCAUUUGUAUAUAUUGUAAAUAUUAAAUAAGAUUGGAAAAUUUAGCUGAUUUUAUUAUCAGUCAAAUUACAUGCCAUCAGAUUGGGUGUUAAAAAGAUUUUAAUUUUAAAAUGUAAUAAACCCAAUUAAAUUUGUAGAUUUUAUGUAGGAAAACACUUGUAGUGAAUUGAUAAAUUUAAACAACUGGUCUAUUACUAAUCUAAGAAAAACUAAAUACAACAACAACUAACUGGUUGAUAACAUUUUAAAGUGAGAGAUCUCAUGUGUACAUAUUGUAAAUAUUACUAUAUAAGCUAUUCUAAGGGCUUUGAUUGUAUUGAAUAUGAUAUACCUGGGACUUUGGAGAUUAUACUCAUAGGGAUAGGUGCUUGUUAGAUUAUUGCUUUCAUCUGUUUAUAUUGGUAUUUCAUUGAAGUAUAUGCAAAUUUCUUUUUAAUUCAGUUUCUGUUUGAAUUGUCUUCAUGAAAUCUGAAGCUCAAGUAUUUUUAUUGGCUGAGAGAUAAGAUUUUAGGACCAUUUCACAACGAAAAGACUAAUUUCUUAUUAACAUUAGGGGAUACGUGGUUAGUACAAUUAGAUUCAGAACCAGAAAUCCCCAGUCUGAAUUUGAUUGUGGGCUGUGAAGAAUCAUCAGGACUUUUUAAGCCUGGUCUCCACUUGCUAGGUGUAGCACCUACAGGGUUGAUAAGCAAAGUGUGUGUGUCUAGUCAUUCGGCAAACAACAUGGUCCAUUGAACAGCAGCGACAAUAACAAUGAAAACUUUGAUUAGAGGUCAUAUGUAAUAAGAAGUUUACUACCUGUGUAUCCAUAAAAUUGUAUAUUGUGUUACUCUUUGAUUGUGUAAAGAAUGAUAUAUGUAUCAUGAAUAAAGAUAUGGUUUAUUAAAUGUU